AUGGGCAUCGUUGCAUCGCGUCAUCUCAGCGCAGAGAAGCUACAGGAGAUCCAGAACGAAUCGGGCUUCUCGCCGCUGCGCAUCGACUAUCUGCUGGGCCAAUAUCAAUCGCUGGAACGUGACACCGAGGGCCGGGUGCUGCGCAGCGAGCUGCUUAAAGUGCCGCCGGUGGCUGCUCAUCCGCUGGCCGAUCGGCUGGUCGAUGUGUAUCUGUAUCCAUCGCUGGGCUUUCGCCAUUUCAUGCAUGGCCUCUCUCGCUUUCGGCGCAGCGAACCGCUGCAGCGGAAACUGCAAUCCCUGCUGGGCAUGUACGAUGCGGACGGCGAUGGACUGCUCAGUGCGGAUCAGUGCGAUGAGCUGCUCGGCCGGCUGCCGGCGACGCGACGCGAACUCCGCUCGAUGCGCUGGAAGCUAAAGAAGCAAGGCGGCGUCUGUGUGCUUAACUUAACCGCCCUUCCCUUCCUGGCUGCUUCUGCACCUGCCUGA